AUGCGGGCUCAUCACCGCUUUCCGCCUUCUGCAAUAGCCCGUCCUCCCCGCUUCCUGCCUUCCGCACCCCACCGCCCUCUCCGCUUCUACCGCCUCGCCUUCCUCCGCCUAGCGCGGGUAGCCCCCUCAACGCCAACUCUCCUCUCCUCCACCAACCCACCACCCACCGUUGCCCACACCGUUCCCGCCGUCCGCCACUUCCUCGCCGCGCCCGCGCCGUCCCCCGCUCCAUCCCUUCCGCCACCACCCGCCGUGCGCACCCGCACUACUGCAACCACUGGCGGAAUCACUGGAACCACAGGCGGGGGAGGAGCGCACGUGAGGGGGAUGAGCGGGGGAAGCGGGGGGAGCAUCUAUGUGACAUCGACGCGGGAGCCAAGCGGGCUGGCAUCCGUGCCGCUGGAGCUGCUGGCAACGCAGCCAACAGCAGCGCAGGCGGCGUACGGGGCAGCCAUCCUCGCAUUCCUGGGAGGGCCGCACUGGGGGCUCGCCAUGGCCCGAUACGCCGCCACCACGUCAGAGGCGAGUCUAGGCAACUUCUCAGUCUCAGCUGCCCGCUACACAUGGAGUGUGGUGCCAUCCCUGGCAGCAUGGGUGGCGCUGCUACUGCCAGACGGACCCAAAUUCGCCCUCCUCCUCUCCUUCUUCCUCCUUGUGUUGGGUGCAGACACAGUCUUUGCCCGCACGGCAUUAGUGCCCUCAUGGUAUCUGCCUCUGCGAGUGCUGCUCUCCUCCAUUGCUCUCCUGAGCCUCGCCGCCACCGGAUUCACCGUCGUAACUGGCACUGCCAUCUCACAACAAUCAUCUCCUCAAUCCACUGCCAACUCACAACCAACCCCUCCUGCCGCUCACUCAACUGCCGUGCCCUCGCCCGUUGAUCAACAGCCCGGGCACUCUGCUCACCCCCGACCCUCAUCCACCCAUCCCUCAACCUUUGAAUCCUCUUCCUCAGCAAAGCAGUAA